AGUCCAUUAACCUCCAAUUAGUUAUGCAAGGAUAGUAGAUAAUGACUGAUGGAAUCAUUGACACACACGUUUCUUCUCAGAACAACAUAUGGGAGGUGCAGCCAAUAGACGGUAACUUUAACCAGAUCUUCAACUCUGACGAUAGUGGAGAUGAGGAAACCUUCUCGCUGCCCUCUCUCCCCUCGCCGCUGCGUGACGACGCGACCUUCUCCCCCCGUAUCCACUCUCCCUUAAGUCUGGGAGAUCCUCUUACCUCUCUAACUCUACCAACUCUACCUUUCGCUACUCCAAAACAUGAAUUUAGCAGAUCAUUCUCUUUGUCCGGAGAUUCACCCUCAGAGUUUGAGAAGUUUACUGGAGUGUUAGAUUUGGGUAACAUGGACGCUAGUAACGGGUCAAUGACUCAGCUGUUCUCCCCGAAUAGAACCAAUAUCGAUGAUCUGGAUCUAAGAGACCUCAUCUUACCUAAACCCAUCCUGCCCGCCUCACCUGCUCCCAGAACGCCUCUAAACCUUGAGAAUCUUCUGGAAGUAGAUUCCAGAAGUUCCCAAGAACAACUGCAGGAUAUAAUUAACACUGCCGCUAGUGUCCAGCCUGGAUCAUCCCCUAAAGCUUCAAUCACUGAAGUAUCUCGAACCACAACUCCACAGGCUCCCAUCAAGGCUGGGGCAGUUUCGGAGUUGACAAAAUCUGCUGCAGGUGUUCCCUUAUCUGACGAACAUGUUUCUAAGAUUGUGAACAUGCUCGAUACUAUUAUAUCCAGUAAUCAAAGUAAGGUUCAGCUGUCUGCUAUCCCAAAAGACAAGGCUGUCCUCCCAGCUACCACUACCAAACCAAUGAAGCCCAAGAAACCACGCGGUAACUUCGUCCCUCCUGAUUCAAGCAGACCACUUGCUAAGAAGUUAAGUCAGCCUAGAAGCAAAACAAGAUUAAAAGUAAGCUCCGCAGCUCCUCCUAAACCGGCUCCAGGAAGUCCUGCUUCUAACGGUUACUCAAAUGUUAGUUCCCCGUCAAGUCUCUCAUCAGCCUCAUCUGAUAACACUUCCUCGACCCUGGAGACUCUAGCCUCAUCUCUGGGCAUUGUUAGACCUGCCAAAUCUUCUCCUCAGAUCAACAAAACCUCCACAACUCAUCCUCAAGUAGUUCAGACUGUUAACUCCACUCCCAGAGUCAAGAAAACUAUUGUCAAGAUUAACCAGGGCCACACCCAACAGCCUAUUGUUAUUGGUAAGAUGAAUUCUGAUACCAAAUCCAAUCCUAAAAUGCUCAAGAAACCUGUAGUAAUCUCGCAAAUCCCACCCCAAUCACACUCUACUAUUCGAUCUAAACCCGCAGUUAACAAGGGCCCUAAAAUAGUGUCCGCUACUAUAAAAACGGGUGCUCCGACCUCAACCAACAAAGUAGUCGUCCCUUACAAAAGUCCUGCCGUCAAAACAGAAAGCAAGAAAUACGUCCUGCUUCCACUCGAGAAACUACAAAAUGUCAGCCCUAGUGUCAUAUCUCAGCUGGGUCUGGACAAUGCCCUGGCUAGCAGCAACAAACGACCAGCUGCUGCCUUGCCCGAGAAAGCAACUGCAGACAAACGUAUCAAAUCAGAGACAAUCCAACCUUCAACCAGCUUCACUGAGAAAACACAAUUCCCCAUAAACAUAACACUGCCCAACCAAACUAAAGAAAAGUUAAAACCUGAGUUUACUGGCAGUAUUCCAGAAAUGAUUGAGAAAGCAAGAGCAAAACGAAAAACUCACUUGUCGAGCAUGUCAAACUUUACGCAGAUGGAGAAUUUCAUCAACGAGUUCAUUCAGCAGAACAACGACCAGGUCAUGGAAAUCUUGUUCCUGAAACAAAACAACAAAGAAAUUAACCGGAAGUAUAAUCAGUUGGCCAAGUUGUUCCAUACCAAGAACGAUGAACAUCUAAAACUAAAACGGGAAGUUGAGCAGCUGGGUGCUUCUAAUAAGAAGAUGGAGAAAGAGCUGAAGAGCAUCAAAGAUCUGAUCAAGAAAUAUAUAUCCUGAGUAGGGCUGGCCUCUUUUAUUCUACCUGGAGGCUGAGCCAUUAGUUGUGAUAUGUUAGUUUAGCGACAGUACCUGUUAUUGUUUCUGAGUUUUAAUCCUGAGGUUAACCCAAGAAAUAGUAAUUUAAGAACGUUCUUACUAGGCUAGGUCAAAACACGGUUUUAAAAAGUAGGAAUUGAGGUACAUAUUUGAGAUAUUGCUUGACAUUCUUUUAAAAUUACGUAAAAAUAACGUAAGGGUUUUAAAGCUCACAGUUUUACCGUUCUUAGUCAUUGAUUGACUAGAUAUUUUAAGCAGUAUGUCAUUUGGGAUUGUGGGCGAUUGUAGAUCAAUCGUUGUACUAGUAUUUAAUGAAAUGUGUCUGAUCUAUGUGCCUAUUCUAACAGAUAAUGGACUCUGUAAGAUAUAUUUGUUUCUGAUAAGUCGCUACUGCCAAGCUGAGUGGUUAAAAGCCAAACACGUCAGCGCUGAACAAACGUUGUUCGUCCUGCUAAUUUUAGUCAGUUUAUGGAAAUAGAUUCGAUCACUUAUUUGAUUUUUUAUAGUUAACUUAUUACAAUCUGGAUGCACAUGUAACUUGUCUUGUCACAUGAUGUAGUUAAUUUAUUUCUUUACUUUUUAUGUAAUCAGAAAAAAAAAUCGAUAUUUACUUCGAGUCCUUCAAUUAGUUUAUUCCAGGUGAAAUGUCACAUUCAUAGAAUGCACACUCCAUUAUUUGUGAACUUGGAAUAAUCAAUUCUUGGAGCAGAAAAAAGGAGCUUGGAAGAUUUGUGUGAUAAUAAUGUUUAUUGUAGCUUGAAUGUCGUUUAUAUUUUUUAGAUAACGCGUUUCAACAGUUUGUCCUGCAAUUUUGCACAAAACGGUACCAUAAAAUUGAAUUUGGCACGGACCCAAGUCGAAUACAUUAUUACAAGCCCGUUCACUUAAACACCUGACCACUACGAAAUAGCAAAAUCGCAACUCUCUAUGCAUGUUGCCCAGUGCCCCAUUAACAUGGUAUACUGAUUAACUAUAAGUGUAAUACGAAGAAUAAUGAUUGAAACCGGGAAAGUGAUUACUGUGUAAUUUGUAAUUGAACGGUGAGUGUAACUGUUGCUGCAGUGAAGGGCAGGUGCGAUGCUGUGUACUUCCAAAGCACUCGAUUCAUAUCUUUUUUGAC